CUAGCAGGGGGAGGACCAGAGUUUCUGCAGAGGACCAGAGGAUCACACGUAGGGGGAACCAGAGGAGGACAUGGAGCUCUAUCUGGACCUGCGCUCGCAGCCCUGCCGAUCCGUUUUCCUGUUCGCCAGAGCGGUCGGGAUCCCUUUCGAGUUCAAGUUGGUGGAUCUGACCAAAGGGCAACAGUACACGGAGGAGUUUGGAGACAUCAGCGCCGUGAGGAAGGUUCCUGUGAUGAAGGACGGAGACUUUGUCCUGACGGAGAGCAUUGCCAUCCUGAAGUACCUGGUGCAGAAGCACAGGUCCUCGGUGAAGGAGCACUGGUUCCCUGAAGACCUGCAGCAGAGAGCUCGGGUCAACGAGUACCUGUCAUGGCAGCACAUGAACCUCCGCGCUCACGGGUCAAAGGUCUUCCUGCUCAAGGCUCUGUUCCCCGUCGUCAUGGGUUACGAGGUGGCGCAGGAGAAGAUGGAGGCCGCCCUGGAGGAUCUGAACCAGUCGCUGCGGCUGCUGGAGGAGAAGUUCCUGCAGAGCAGAGCCUUCCUCAUCGGGGAGAAGAUCUCUCUGGCCGACCUGGUGGCCAUCGUGGAGAUCAUGCAGCCCGUGGGCGUCGGCGUGGACGUCUUCGGGAGCCGCCCCAGGCUGGCGGCUUGGAGGGACCGGGUGAAGGACGCCAUCGGCGAGCGUCUGUUUGACGAAGGCCACGAGGAGGUGAUGAAGACGAGCGGCCUGGGGGAGGACAUGAAGAGCAGCAGCCAGCUGGGGGAGCUCGGCCCGAAGCUCAGGAAGCUCUUCAGCUGAGUCCAGAUGUGCUCCACCUUCUGCUGGGAACAUCUGCAUUGGAUCAGCCGAGUCAGACACGAUGUGAUAGAUAUGUGUGUAUCAAUAAAUACACAACUGUAACCCCACACUACACAAAUAAAGUGACCAAAGUAUCAAUAAGUAAA